AUGGCAGUUACUAUGCCCGGGUGUGGCAUCUCUCAUGUUGAGGCGGCGGAGACGCAGACCCGGGGCACCCGGACGGCAUCCAUGCUGGAGAUUUUGGGCCUCAAGGGCAACUUCAGCCACCUGAACCUGUCGGACCCCUUCAACGUGCACAAGCUGGGCUCCAGCUACGCCACCGAGAUCCGUGCAGGCUUGACGACGUUCCUGGCCAUGGCUUACAUCCUCCCGGUCAACAGCGGCAUGCUGAGCCUGGCCGUGCCUGACAUGAAGGAGCAGCUCGUGUGCGCCACGGCCCUCUCUGCCUUCUUUGGCUGUUGGUUCAUGGGCCUCCUGUCCAACUUCCCCUUCAUGCUCGCGCCAGGGAUGGGAACCAAUGCCUACUUCACCUUCAGCAUCGUCUUGGGCCGCGGGCUCCCAUGGCAAGCCGCCUUCGCGGCCGUCUUUGUGGCGGGCUGCCUCUUCACCCUCCUCAGCGUCACGGGCCUGCGCACACUGCUCAUCCGGCUCUUCCCCGAAGGCAUCAAGGAAAUCAUUGGGGCUGGCGUGGGGCUCUUCCUGACUUUCAUCGCCUUCCAGGGUUCCGAGGGCAUGGGCAUUUCCGUCGCAGAUCCCGCCACGCUGGUGAAGUUGGGCUCCUUAAGCUCAGCCUCCUACGACUCGGCGAAGAUGUGGAUGAGCCUCCUGGUGCUCAUCGUCACAGCCACCCUCAUGGCUGCCAAGGUUCCUGGUGCCCCCUUGGUCGGCAUCGUCUUUGGAACCGUGGUGUGCUGGAUCGAGGGCUGGGCGCACGGCGUGGAAGGAUCCGUCUUCGGCUACCCCUUCGGCACCGGAGGCGACCGAUCCGCCGAUGACUUCCACAUCUUCGUGCCCACCGGCCACCGGCAUUGCCCCACGGCCCGCAAGAAAAACAUAGAGCAGCCAAGAUUCCAGGAUCUUCACCUUCUUAGUGUUUCCCCGUCCCCUUCUGGUUUUGCACAGGCUUUCCAUCCGGACACCAGCGCCACGUUUUGGACGGCCGUGGCCACUUUCUGCUACACGGACCUCCUGGACUCCUCCGGGACGUUCUUCGCCGUGGCGAAGGUCGCAGGGCUCACAGACAGCCACGGCAACCUGCCCCUCGCGCGUCAGAACAUGGCCUACCUGGCGGAUGCGCUGGCCAUGCUGGUGGGCUCGGUGCUCGGCGUCUCCACCGUCGCCACCUUCGCGGAGUCCACGGCCGGAGUGGCGGACGGCGCCAAGACCGGCCUGGCCUCGCUGGUGACGGGCACCUGCUUCCUGCUGGCCAUUCCCUUCUCCCCGGUGGUCUCCGCUGUCCCUCCGCUGGCCUCCGGGCCCAUCCUGUGCCUGCUGGGCGCCAUGAUGUGCAGCUCCGUGCGGGGCGUGGACUGGGACGACUUGGAGGAGUCCGUGCCGGCCUUUGUGGCCAUGAUCACCAUGCCCUUCACUUUCAGCAUCGGCUACGGCAUCAUCGCCGGCUUGGUCUUGUGGGCCUCCAUUCAGGUCCUGCUCGCUCCGCUGAGGCUGUACCGUGGAGAGAGCCCCAUGGUUCGAGUUCACAUGCUUUGGGCUUCUGCCUUUGUCGAAAGCAAGGAUGACAAGCUGGAGAAGGGCAAGGACACCCCCAGCACCAUCACCCCGAGCCAGUCCUGCUCCGAGGUCUAA